CAGUAAGUUCAUGUUUAGUAUGAUCUAGUUCACUUCUAAUAUUUUAUUGUUUUGAUAAAAAUGGACAGAUUUGUUUGGACAAAUGGACUCCUUGAGAUGAACGAAACGUUAAUAAUCCAGCAAAGUGGAGUGAGACUUUACGACGGAGAAGACAAAGCUAAACUUGAUGUGGGAUUCAUUGUUCUUAGUACUCUUCGCUUACUCUGGAGAGACCAAAAGAACCAUUGCUCACAUGUCUGACAUCUCAUGUCAGUGUAGGAAUGUUGUAUAUGCAUACCCUUGUCACAGAUCGUAUUCUUUGAGGAGCAAGCAGCUGGCAUCGGAAAGAGUGCCAAGAUUGUCAUUCACCUGCACCCUGCCUCAGAAAAUAAGGAACCAGGCCCUUACCAGCAAAGCAAGUACUCCUAUAUAAAGCUGUCCUUUAAGGAGCAUGGGCAGAUUGAGUUUUACAGACGUCUAACGGAGGAGAUGACUCAGAAACGAUGGGAGAACACACCUGUGUCACUGCCGAUCCCCACAGGAACUGGACUCAAGGCAGGAAGGACACGUGCAGUAGGGAUUGUGGGGAUUGAACGGAAGUUGGAGGAGAAAAGGAAAGAGAUGUAUAAAAACAUUUCAGAGGCUUUUGAGGAUCUCAGCAAACUGAUGGAAAAGGCUAAAGAGAUGUUGGAGCUCUCCAAAUCCAUUGCCAAUAAAAUCAAAGACAUACAGGGUGACAUCACAGAAGAUGAGGUGUGUCAUCAUGGGCCUGGAAUUGAGGUCGGUUGCUCAGACCCAAACUGAGCAUAUCAUUGAGAUGAAAAGCAACCAGGAUCCAGAUCCACCAAUCAGAGCAUGCAUGACAAUCCGUUUCAAGUCUUAUCUGCUGAGUAUGGGCAUAGCCAACCCAGACAUGAGACAUGCUGCAGGCUCCACUAGAGGAGCAUGGAGGAAUGAUGGCCCUCACUGAAGUGUACUGUCUGGUGAACAGAGCACGAG